GGAUGGCCCUCCUUAUUUUAGCCGCUCGCUUUUUACGUUGGCGAAUCACAAAGUGUUGGAAUCUGCUGCCUUUGUCUGAGAAGUCAUCCAUAUAAGCAAAGAGGGGAUCUGCAGCUUUUAGACACCGACACUACCGGCCCGGGGCUUCAGUCCCGGCCCACGCAUCUCUAGCCCACGCGCAUCUCCGUUAGACUGUGGUGUAAAGGUGACCGAAGGAAACCCCUGAAUAGCUUUCCGCAUCUCGUUCUCUUUAUCCGAACUAGCCGAGGCCACCCGGGAUUUAGGACACGACCAGGCUCGAUGGGACCAUCCGUGCUGUUCGCGAUUUUCGUGCACGCGCGCUGAAAACGCCUGCUUCUGUAAACAUCCGCUUCGGUUUUGGUUAUCGGUGUCAGUUUACCAAACAAGCUUCGGUCAUGCUUGACACCUGACAUAUCCUCCGUCCUUUUUCUUUAUCGCUGAGCGGACAGUUUCUCAAGAGGGAACUUUUCCCCCCUGAAGUUUUCCGAUCGGAACCCGAGGGAAUCACAAUCUUCAGCACAAACACCUGCGUCUUUUUGCUUUUCUCUCUCUCUCUCUCUCUUUUUUUUUUAUAUUUUGAUCUACAGAAGGAAAGCGAGACGGCGACUUCAGUUGAUUACCUGUCUUUUCUUUGCUAUCCAAUGGAUAUUCACUGCAAAGCAGAUCCAUUCUCCGCCAUGCACCGGCAUGGCGGAGUUAACCAACUGGGUGGUGUGUUCGUGAACGGCAGGCCGCUACCGGACGUCGUGCGCCAGAGAAUCGUGGAGCUCGCGCACCAAGGAGUGAGACCAUGCGACAUAUCACGCCAACUGAGGGUCAGUCACGGAUGCGUCAGCAAGAUCCUGGGCAGGUACUAUGAAACAGGCAGUAUAAAGCCCGGAGUGAUCGGUGGCUCCAAGCCGAAGGUGGCCACUCCGAAAGUGGUGGAUAAAAUAGCGGACUAUAAGAGACACAACCCCACCAUGUUCGCAUGGGAGAUCCGGGACCGGCUGCUGGCGGAGGGCAUCUGCGAUAACGACACCGUGCCCAGCGUCUCCUCCAUCAACAGGAUUAUUCGCACUAAAGUUCAGCAACAGUACCACCCCUCUCCUGAUGGAACAUCUCUAUCCACACCGGGACACACUAUAGUCCCCAGCACAACAUCCCCGCCAGUAUCAAGUGGAUCCAGUGAUCCUGUUGGUUCAUACUCUAUCAAUGGCAUCCUUGGCAUCCCUCGCUCCAAUGGAGAGAAGAGGAAAAGAGAUGACGAUGGCUCAGAAGGUUCAGGGCAGAACAGUGACUCCCAGGGCAGUGUGGAGAGCCUGAGGAAACACCUACGUGCUGAUGCCUUUACCCAACAACAGCUGGAGGCUUUGGACCGAGUGUUUGAGCGUCCGGGCUACUCUGACGUCUUCCCCAGCACAGAACAUGUCAAGCCAGAGCAUGCUAGUGAGUAUGCCCUUCCUGCACUAAACCCAGGACUGGAUGAGGUUAAACCCAGUCUGUCCUCCAGCAGCUCCUCAGACCUGGGUGCCAGCGUGUCCCAAAGCUACCCUGUAGGCAGGGAUAUGGCCAACACAACCUUACCUGGCUAUCCACCUCACGUCCCUCCAACAGGACAGGGCAGCUACCCAACAUCCACACUGGCUGGAAUGGUUCCUGGGAGCGAAUUUUCAGGGAAUCCCUACAGUCACCCACAGUAUACAGCAUACAACGAGGCAUGGCGCUUCAGCAACCCAGCCUUACUGAGUUCCCCUUAUUAUUAUAGUGCAUCCCGAGCCUCUGCACCACCAACUGCUGCCGCUGCUUACGACCGCCACUAGACGCCAUGCAAACCAACCCAAACACCGCCUCGGACUUGCUGUAAUGCCAGUAUGAACGGUGGAACAGAUUGGACAAGGGCCGCUUUGAACAUGUCACAUGAUGAUGAACGAGCCAAUCAGGACAUCAGAUCAGGCUCAACCACAUUCAGCCAUCCAAAUUAAACUUCAUAUCCAAGCAGCCAACACUUACAGUGGGUGUCCACAUCGCAAUGACUAAUGCGAAACCUUGUGAGAAAAUAUAUAAAUGUGGAAAACGACACAAUGAGGCAAAUUGAAUCAACAAUUUUUUCUUUUUCGUUUUUCAAAAUUUUUUUAUUGUUGUGAAUGAAAACAUUUUCUGUGACUGUCAUGUGUCAGAACAUCAUUUCUCUGCUCAUAUCAUGCUGCUCUCUCUCUCUCUCUAUCUCUCUCUCUCAACUUUGCAAUGCAGUAUUAUUCAUCUAGACUCACAGCUUGGUGUUUCUUUACAUAUCCACACACGCACACAUACAGUGGAACAUACCUAAACUCAGCCUGUCAGCUCCUUUGUCUUCAGUUCAAAGCCCUGAACUGAGGAUUAACACAUCUCCUCGGAAAACAGUGCUAAUGUGACGAGAGACGAGAAACAGAUUUAUCGAAAAGAAAAGACAGGCCUACUGUAUACCCUUGUUUCCAUCCACCCAGACUGGGAAAUGAGUAAAUAUAUAUUCCUAACUUAAUUUCUUUUGCAUUUUACUUUUUUUUAAUAUUUUUUAAUAUAAACUUCCAGGCUUAAUCCUAAAUGACAAUGCAGUAUGCAUGAUUUAUUUUUGUUAAUUGUGUGAAUUUUCUGGAUAUGGCAAUACCAGGUGUUAUCAUUUUCUCCUAAUUUUGCACUACACAUCAUUCUUAUACUUUAAAUAUACACUGGAAUCUGAUAUUCAAUACUGAUCUAAUUUGUGGUUACACUUAAAACUGGAUGUAGUGAAGGGAUCUGGUGUAAACCACACUGGAAAUUAUUAUGGAAAACCCUGUCAGCUUGGUCUAUACCUGAAAAGUGAUCUAAUACACUGAACUCAAACAUCUUAUACUAUAUUUAUUAUAACUUGGAUUGAAGGUUUUUUUGACAUUAGGCACAUUAUGAAGAAAUAUCACACAUACUACUGAUCCAACAUGGCAUCUAAUGCCCUAAAGGUGUUUACAAAGCAUUUCUCCUGCUUCAUACUUUCAAAAUAUCUUCAAAUCUUCCAAUAUCUUUGAUUUCUUAGUCAUUUAAAAUUGAUUCAAUGCUUAAUUAAACUUCUAGUUAAGAAAAAAAAAUCAUGUGCUUUAGGAUGAUCCAACUUUCUUUAAAAAAGGGCAAGUUAUUUCAUCCAACUCUUUAAGUGCAAUUGUUUGUCAUUCAGAGCUUGUUUUACACAAUCCCUUCUACAUCAAAUCAACUGCGCUCAAAAGGAGGAGAAUUUCAUUGAACACAAAUCGUCAACAGUGAAUAAAUGAUAAUAUAUCAGAACUUACAUCACACUUGCCAAAGACUUUUGUUUUAUGUUUUAUCUGCAGUCUAAUGUAUUAAGAUAACAGUAUUAUGGUGAAACCAUUAUGAUAAAAAAAUAUUGUACCUAUGCAGAGGAAAAAUGCUGUCAUAUGCAUAUAAAACUACUGAAAUCAUUUUUAGUCUGUUUAUUUUCCAUUAUUUAUAUUAUUUUUGUUCAUUUGUUAAUUAUGCUUUAUUAUCUUGAUUUACUAGGUAUCAUGUCACCCUCUGUAAAUAGUCAUUUAAAAAAUAUUACACGUUGCUCUGAAGCAGUAUCAUGCAUAUUGGUCGUAACUGUCAACUUUAAUAAUGAUAUGAAGAAGAAAGGACAAUACAGGACAACUGCCCUGUCAAACAGAGUUCUUAAAAAUAAUGGUCUCAGUUUGCUGUUGGGUUCGAAUAGAUAAUAUUAAUUCAUUUUCACUGAGAAAUCUUUGACCUGGAAAUUGCUAUGCAUAUGUAAAGGAAUAUUACUUUAAAUCAUUCACAGAAAUUAAGAUCAUACCAACUUUGUUUUUUAGUGAAAUAUUCCUUCCAUGCCACAAAUACUCCUUCUUUUAACCAGAGCGCUGUCUGAAACACUAAAUGUUUCAUACCGAUAUCAAUCAAGAGCAAAUAGAUAAAAAUAUUUCGACAAAUAUAUUAUUUCCGGCAUACAGUGAUGAGACCUGUAUUCAUCACUCAGAACACCUAACGUGUAUUAAGUAAUGAAGAGCUGAAGGAUUUUGUUAAGGAUCUUCUAACCCUAACCCUUGUGUCCUCUUUGAGUUUCUCUUGAAAUCUGACUACAAUCUUUCAGUGUUCCUGAAUGAAUCCAUGAUGCUUAAAAUCCCAUAAGACGGUCACACGUUACUGAGAGUCUUGACUGUGAAGCGAUGUGGAUGAUUAAUGACAAAGCCGUAUUACUUCAAUCAUUGUUUAA